UCUCUGUUUACAUUUGUGUAGAACUAGUUUCAUGUCAUCAUGUAAUCUGAAAACAAAACUUCUAUUUUAUUCGUUUUCCUGAAGGAUUGUUUUGCUUGAUGAUUAUUAAAAAAAGAGACAUUAUGGAUGAUGUUAGAUACUAUUAAAUGAAGAAUUAUUUAAUUUAUCUUAUAGACAGUCGUGCAAGUUAAUAUUUACAACAUUUCCCAUGCAUUUAUCUUCAAAAUCUAAUUGUUUGCCCGCUAUGGAUUUUCAAGGUAAAAUGUUGAUGAAGAGCUUCCCAAAAAUUAGAUUUCGGACUUAAUAAAAAUGGGGAAGGAUCAAGAAUUAUUAGAUGCGGCUAGAUGCGGAAACUACGCCGUAGUUGAACGAAUUUUAAAUCAGCGCGCGAAGAAAUCUGGGCCUCUCGCUAGCUUAAGGCGUGGACCAGGACCAAAUAUCCAAGACAAUAAUGGGUAUACACCUUUGCAUCAUGCUUGUUUAAAUGGUCAUAAAGAAAUUGUUGCAUUGCUAUUGACACAUGAAGCUUCUGCUAAUAUUGUUGAUCACAAAGGAUGUACACCUCUACAUCUAGCUGCAUGGUCAGGGAAUACAGAUAUUGUUGAACUGCUUUUGACUCAUGGGCCUUCUUUUCCAAGUGUAAAUCAUAUGAAUUUUGACCAUGAAAGUGCUCUUCAUUCUGCUGCUCAAUAUGGGCAUACUGAAAUAGUAAAACUUUUACUUGAGAACAAAUGUUAUCCUUCUGUUAGGAAUGUUAGAAACGAAUCACCUUUGGAUUUAGCUUCCCAGUACGGACGUCUAGAAACUGUUGAGUGUCUACUGAAUUCUCAUCCGGGUUUGCUGAAUGACAUAGUCAGGUGUCAUUCACCUUUACAUUUGGCUGCAAAAAAUGGACACAAGCAUGUAGUUAAACUUCUUCUGGAUUCAGGAUUUGACGUUAAUUACAUGACCGAUAUUGGUACAGCUUUACAUGAGGCAGCUAUGUAUGGAAAAUUAGAAGUUGUGAAGUUGCUCUUGGAUUAUGGGUGCGAUCCAACUCUUGAAAAUUCAAGAAAGAGAGUAGUUUUCGAUAUAUUGGGUGAUUUAAACACUUCUAUUGCAAAACAAAUUGAAGAAGUCAUAAGAGAUCAUAUGACAUUAAUUAAACUUGAUGUUGGGAGCAAUGAAUCGCUGCCGUCAAUUUUGCCACCACAGGGAUUUGUAAUGGGAUCACAUUUAGAGUCACUAUUGCCUGAAAGAUGCAGCCUUUCUGAAAUUACACCUCCUCGACAGUUUUGUUCUCCUACAUUUGAUGAAGGUUUAUAUGAUGUACCGCCUCCCCCGAAAUUAGUAAACUCAAGUUCUCCAAGAAUAAAUGAUAGCCUUAGUUCAGUCACUCCUUCCCAGUCUCAGGAUUCGUCUUUUGAUCAAACUUCGUGCAGCAGUUGCAGCCCUUCAAAAUGUGAUCCUCAAGAAUCAUCAGCUUUUGACAAUAAUAUAUAUCAAAAUGUUGAUGCCGAUAAUUUAUUGUAUGAAAUACCUCCUCCGCCAUCAUUUUUUACUAGUAAACGGUAUUCAGAUCCUUUGCAGCAGUGUUCAAUCUAUCAGAAUGUUUCUUUGUGUGAUAUGAAUGAAAGAAAAGAUAUUUGUUAUGAUUCUUCUGCUUGGAGAUUACAAAACAGCUACAUUCCAAUGCUACCUGCUAAUUCAUGUGACAGCCGUCCUCAACCUCCAGCUAAACCUCCUAGAAAAUCUUUGAGUCCACAUUCUUCAGAAACGAAAAACAUUUCAUCUCAAAGAAACAGCUAUGAAUUUCUGUGUCUUGCAACUAGUGGCUUACAUGACUGUUCACCGAAGUUCCUUGAUAGAAAUAAAAAUAAUAAAAGUUCAGAUUAUGCUAAACCUUAUCACAAAACAGAAUAUGUGGACAUGUCUCUACCAAAUCAGUUUAUUGCUACAUACGAAAACCAUGACAUUAUAUGUGCCAAUGGAUUGGAUGUAAAUAGAACAUCAUCCGGUAGUGAUGAUAAAAAGGAUUCUGUCUGUUCUUCCUAUACUAAUAAAUUUUCUGAAGUUCUACCCUUUUCAUUAUUUUAUGAAGAUGGUUACAGAAAAGGGAGUUCCUUUAAUAAUUUAAUGCCAUCAAAGAGUACACCUGCACUCCAUGCUUCUAGACAUACUUUAGAUCAAGUUGUUCCUUCUAUUAGUAAAGAGUAUCCUUUUCAAAAGCCAACUAAUUUAAACAUUGACAAGAAAAGAGCUUCUGUUCACAUACCAUCAAGUCCAACAAAUUAUGAUCAACCCCCUACACCUGACAAUCCACCACCAUCUCCUGGUACUGCAGAGAUAGGAAUACACGAGAAAAUUCAUCCUGUUCGACAGAGCCAAAAGAAAAAAAUACCAUCUAGAGAUAUUGAAACUUUAACUGAUGAACAACUUGUUGCAACAUUAGGGCCUCAUGGCGAAGUUGAGCUUACCUUAGCUACUGAUAAUAAAUGCGUUUCUACUGAGAUCGAAAGUUCUCAAAAUAAUCCCUUUGCUGGUCUCCAUCACGGAUCUGUGUCUGUACCAUUCACCAAUGAAAGCUCUGUACCAUUUUUAACCCAGAUACAGAAAGGGGAAAAACAUAUUUCCUCUUGCAAGUCCCGGAAUAUUUAUGAAAAUGUUCAAAUAGCAAUGGAAGAAGAUAGAAACAAAGUUAUUCUAUCUGUUAGUGAUUGUGGUGUGCAAAGCAACAAUUGCAGCUGCUUAUCAGUCAUGAGUCCUUUUGAUGAAAAGGCAGAAUGGGCAGAAAUCGCUGGCAUUAUGGCAUCCUUUGGUGGUGCCAUUGCACGUGAAUCGGUAUUUGCGAAGGAUAUGGAAUCUCAGUUCACACAGGCUUUUAAAGCAGAUUCAGAUUCAUCUCAGAAUUCCUAUUGUGCAGUCAGUCUUGAACAAUGGCUUUCACAAAUUGGGUUACCUCAGUAUGAAAGUUUACUUAUUCUGAAUGGAUUUGAUGAUAUUAAUUUCAUGGGUGGAAAUAUAUUAGAAGAAGUUGAUCUGCAAGAAAUCGGGAUACUUAAUGUUUCUGAUAGACAGAAACUGUGUACUUUUGCUCAGAAGUUGCCUUCUGUGCAACCUAUUAGCAAAUACAGGGGAACUGAAAAAUUUCCAAAAUCUGUUGAUGAAUGGCUGAAAUCCAUCAAUCUAUUAGAAUACAGUGAGAAUUUUUCAAACAACAAUAUUACUGAUAUGGACAGAGCUUUGAAACUUUGGGAAGUAGAGUUAAACACAGUUUUGAAAAUAUCUAAAUUAGGUCAUAGGAAACGUAUUUUGGCUUCGCUUGGAGACAAACAUUUUGGUACUUUUAUUGAUUCAAAUGAGCUUGACUUGACAAAACUAACCUUAGAUCUUUCUGAAUUGGAAGUAGCUGACAACAUAAAUAAAGGAUACUAUGGAAAAGAUAAUGCUAUGAAUGCAUCUUUUGAUGGUCAUUCAUCUGCUUCUGUUUCCAAACCGUAUUUGCGUAUAAGGUCACCAACACAGUUAAUGAGCGAUUCUCGAGAUCCAGAGAGAAAGAUUCCUUAUUCUGUGAUUGAAGCCCAGUGGCGUCAUCAUCCUGAUGAACUUGUUAUUAAUAGUUGUAAUUAUAUGACAAAGUACUUAGGUUCUACAUUAGUGAAAGAAUUGCAUGGUUUAGAAUCAACAAAGGCUUCAAUUCAGAAAUUGAAAGCUUCUACUAAAGAUAUCGCUAAAAAACCUAGUAUUAUAUUAUCCAUAUCCUAUUCUGGUGUGAAGUUUAUUAAUGCUGAAACCCAGCAAUUGGUUUGUGAACAUGAAAUUCGCAAUAUUCAUUGUGCAUGUCAAGAUGCGGAAGAUUUGCGACAUUUUGCAUAUAUUACCAAAGAACAUCAAACACACAAUCAUUAUUGCCAUGUAUUUUCUUCUCAUACAGUGGAAUUGGCUUCUGAAAUAAUUCUAACUCUUGGUCAAGCUUUUGAAGUUGCUUAUCAAAUGGCCAUGAAGGAAAAAGCUGAAAGAGCUUGUGUUACUGGUCAAAGAAAUUACAUUAAUUCUAAAAAUUUGUCAUCAUGACAAGUCGAUUCUUUACACUGUUUUGUAUAGUUACCACAUUUAUAUAUUGGCUAUUUUGACGUGUUAAAAGUGAUUUUCAUUUUAUUACAGAUAACAUGCCUUUUCUUUGAAAAUGAGAGAAUUUUAGUUUAAAUAAGCAUUAAUUAUUAUAUUAUUUAUAUUUUUGUACAAGUUCAUUUCUGCUGAAUUUUUAAAAUCACAGUAUUUUUUGUAUAUCCCUUCCUACAUGUCAUGUUUUUAUUGUUUCAAAAAAGUGGUGCUUUUAUAUUCUCUGAUAGCUAUUUUAUUAGCAGUAUAUCCUUAUAAAUUUUAUCUUGUCAUCGUAUAUGGCAUUUGAUGGAGUAAAUUCUCCACAUAAUACUAAUAUAGAAUCAAUUAGUAUUUUCGGGUUAUAACUAGAAAUGCCUCAAGAUAUUUUAUAGAAUUUCUAGCGUUUAAUACAUUUUUCUUUGGUAGCUAAAUUGUUACAUGCAAUUUUUUAAAUGCUAACUGUAAUAUUUAUGUUUUGAAAACAGUUGAAUUCAACCUAAAUAAUAAGUGGGGCCUUUUUCAUUAUUAUGUGCUAAUUUUUAAUUGAAUUUUAUUCCAAUAUUUUGCUGGCAGGAUAAAUGAGAAAUUAUAUUAGUUUUGCCUUAAUAAUAUCGGAAUGUCUAUUUAAGUUUUUAAUAUAAGUUUUCGUCUCAGAAAUCCAAAGGUAAAAGUUAAUUUUAUAAAUUUGAAAGAAUUUGGGGCUGUUUUUGACACUGUAAAGUUUUGGUAUAUUUGUAAUCUGUUAUAAUUAUAUUAUCAUAUCAAUGAUUGACUGUGAAGAUUCGGAUUUUCGAAUAUAAAAAAUUGUUUCUCUCAUUGUUUAAAACUAUAAUUUUAUUUAUCUUUCAAUGCAAGGGAAUCAUCGAAUGCUUCCGCGUAUUGAAUCUAAUGUUGUAUUAAUUUCUAUAAAAAAUAAUACUCUAUAAAUCGUUUAUUAUUAAGUAUAACAUAUUGUAGUAAAUCUUUAUAAUUUGGAUGGAUAAAACGGAUGUUUCACUAAAUGUCUUAUUAAGAAGUUUCUAUUUCUUGUGUCUGUUAUAUAAAGAAAAUGGAGUCUUUAGUUAUGAAGAAAUCUAAAAUCAGCUCUGAAUAUUAUAAACCUUUUUUGUAAC